AUGAAACUAAUGAAUAAAUCAGAACAAUAUACAGAAUCUUAAUGUGCUGGAUUAGCAAAUUCCAGGGAAAACUUAAUGAUGGUAGAAUAAUUGCAGUGAAGCAAUUGUCUGUGAGAUCAUGCCAAGGCAAGAGCCAGUUUGUUACAGAAAUAAGAACUAUAACUGCUGUGCAGCAUCGAAACCUUGUCAAACUACAUGGUUACUGCAUUGAGGCAGAUCAACGCCUGCUUGUUUAUGAGUAUCUUGAAAACAAGAGCCUAGAUCAGGCACUAUUUGGAAGAGGAAGUUUGAACCUCAACUGGCAAACACGUUAUGAUAUAUGCUUGGGAGUAGCUAGGGGUCUGGCUUAUCUUCAUGAAGAGUCAAGGCUUCGAAUUGUACACAGAGAUGUAAAGGCCAGUAAUAUUUUGCUGGAUUCUGCCCUGAUCCCCAAGAUUUCUGAUUUUGGUCUAGCAAAACUUUAUGAUGAUACGAAGACCCACUUAAGUACCCGUGUUGCCGGGACAAUUGGGUAUCUUGCACCAGAGUAUGCAAUGCGUGGACACCUUACUGAGAAGACCGACGUGUUUGCCUUUGGUGUUGUGGCUCUAGAAGUUGUCAGUGGGAGACCUAAUUCUGACUCAAGCUUGGAGGGAGAGAAGAUGUAUCUUCUUGAAUGGGCUUGGCACCUAUAUGAAAACAACCGUGAAGUUGAACUAGUUGACUCUAAUAUGUUAGAAUUUGAUGAAGAAGAAGUGAAAAAUGUCAUAGCAGUAGCCCUUUUGUGCACUCAGACAAUUCCAAUGCAAAGGCCAUCAAUGUCUCGUGUGGUGGCUAUGCUUUCUAGAGAUACUGAAGUGAGCAGAGUAACUUCAAAGCCUGGAUACUUGACUGGCUGGAGAUUUGAUGACACAACAAGUUCUAUGAGUGAUCAAGCUACAAGAGCAGCUGAUACCAGCCAUCAUACCACACCGACAAGCACAAGAAUGGUGGCUGACGUAGAGAACCUUGCAGAAAAGGCUACUUAACCUAUGCUUCAUAAUAUUUUGGGAUAGGGCAGGUGAUUUCAUAAUCCUAUCCAUUCAUCUAUUCUUAUUCUUGAUUACACAGAUUGUAUAUUAUUGUAGAAUUUGAGUGGCAGACAUUUUCUGAACGAGUUUCCUGUUGUUUCUCAAAUCAAUUUAGUUUCUGUCAAACCAUACAGAUGGUGAAUAUCAAGGCCUUGUCUGAGGUGAAUUAAAAUAUGAAAAUCUUG